GCGGGCCAGCGGGCUCAACCUGGCGGUGCGAGCACUGUCCGCGCGGCUGUGCGCGAAGCUGGGUCUGUCCCCGGACUGCGGCGGCCGCUCUCGCGCCGGGAUCCUGAUCGCGAUGGGGACAAAGGCGAGAGUCGGGAGGAAACGGUUGCUUCUGUUCACUGCGGUGGCCCUGUGCUCCCUGGCGUUGGGUAGGGGCGCAGUGUACACUUCUGAGCCUGAAGUCAGAGUUGCCGAGAAUAAACCCGCCAAGUUGCUGUGCUCCUACUCCGGCUUCGGGUCCCCGCGGGUGGAGUGGAAGUUUGCCCACGGAGACACCACCAGCCUCGUGUGCUACAACAACAAGAUCACGGCUUCCUACGAGGACCGCGUCACCUUCUCGAACACUGGCAUCACCUUCCACUCUGUGACCCGGGGAGACACUGGCAUGUACACCUGUAUGGUCUCCGAUGAAGGUGGCAACACCUACGGGGAGGUCAGCGUGCAGCUCAUUGUGCUUGUGCCCCCAUCCAAACCCACGGUCAGCGUCCCAUCAUCGGCCACCAUCGGGACCCGGGCAGUGCUGACCUGCUCCGAGAGUGACGGCUCCCCGCCCUCUGAGUACUACUGGUUCCGGGACGGGACCGAGAUGCCCACGGAGCCCAAGAAUAGCCGCGCCUUCAGCAACUCCUCCUACAGCCUGAAUCACAAGACCGGGGAGCUGGUCUUCGACCCCGUGUCAGCCUCUGAUACCGGAGAAUACACCUGCCAGGCCCAGAACGGGUAUGGGACCCCUGUGAAGUCCGACCCUGUGCGCAUGCAGGCCGUGGAGAUGAAUGUGGGGGGCAUAGUGGCGGCUGUCCUUGUAACCCUCAUUCUCCUUGGAGUCCUGAUCUUCGGCAUCUGGUUCGCUUACAGCCGAGGCUACUUUAACAGAAUGAAGAAGGGGACGGCAAAUAAGAAGGUGAUUUACAGCCAGCCCGCCGCUCGGAGUGAAGGGGAAUUCAGACAGACCUCGUCAUUCCUGGUGUGACCCUGGUCCUCUGAGCCUGCCUGGCCCAGGUGCUGCCGGACUCUGGCCUCUGACGUCCGGAGUCUCACAGGAUGCCUUAUUUGUUUCUCGCCCCCUCAGAGACCCCACUUCUGUCUUAGGAUGUGUCGUUUAACAGUGUCAGCUGCGUGCCCCUCCCUCCGUCGCCUCUCUUCCUUUCCCACUGCUGCCGAGUGGCCUGGGACUUGUGUGGAGCUCUCACCCGCGUCCCCGCGGGGGGGGCGGGGGAGCACACAGGAGCCCCGAGUCUCCGGGCAGAGGCAGAGUGGCGGGGCUCCCGCCGCAGGCGCUCGCACUGGGCUGGCGAACCUGGUUCCUCGGCCCUUCCCUCCCGCGCUGGGGGCUGGUCUAAGUGGGGCUGGACCUGGGCAGCCGAAAUGGUCGUUUGGUGAUGACAUCAAGUCUCUUCUGCCUCUGUCCCCCCACGGGAAGUGCCCCCGGGCCGCUGCACCCUCCCGAGCACAAGGAGACUGACACCCGCUGUGUCGGCAGGCAAAACGGGAGCGUCCGUUGUGGGCAUAGCUGGCUCUCGGGGGAUGUGGCGCAGAAAGUUUUAAAACCGCCAAUCUAAGGAAAAGCAAGCUGGAGAUGGCAGCUCAAGCCAUCAGCCUCCCCUUGGCUAAACAGCUGGACCCUCUUAAGAUGUGCGUGCUGGGCUGCGGGGGUGUGUCCUUGUCUCUGCUGAGCGUGUGUGGCCCUGGCCCUGCUGACUUCGAGUGUGUGUUGGAGGGCUUCUCAGCUCUUCGGUGAGAUGUGUUGGUGUGUGUCUGUAUGCAGCUGGAUGUUGCUGGAAAUAAAAACCUGGUUCGUUGAA